ACCGGGCGCAGGCGCGGCGCGGGCAGCCCCCGGUGGGGUCCUGGCGGUGCGGCGCGGUUUGCGCAGGCGCGGCGCGGGCAGCCCCCGGCGGGGUCCUCGCGCUCCGGUGCGGCGCGGUCUGCGCAGGCGCGGCGCGGGCAGGGGGCCGCCAUGUUGGCACCGGGAGCGGCGGGACGGGCGCUGAGCCGGGCCCUGGGCCUGGGCGGGCCGGGGGCGCCGGGGCGGGCGCUGAGCCUGAGCCACGGCCCGGCCUCGGUGGUGGUGGAGCGCGUGUGGCCGGUGCCGCUGGGCCGGGCGGGCGCGGUGCCCCGGUUGCAGCCGCGGCGGCACCGCGUGUUCCGGCUGCUGCGGGACGGGAAGCACCGGCCCCGGGGAGACAUGGAGCUGCUGCUGAGCCGCGCCGUGCAGGAUCUGGGCGGCCGCGGGGACGUGGUGAGCGUCAGGAAGAGCCUGGGCAGGAACAAACUCCUGGCCCAGGGCCUGGCCGUGUACCCCAGCCCGGAGAACCUGCGCCACUUCCAGCAGGAGAAGGAGCUGGCUCAGCAGGGGAAGCUGGACGAGCCCCAAACCCUGAGCGGGCAGAAGACCCUGGAAUUCCUGCGGCGCUGCCGGCUCGAGGUGGGGAUGAAGAACAACCAGAGCUGGGAGCUCAGCCCCGACAUCGUGGCCCGGCACUUCCUCAAGAACCUGGGGGUGUUUGUGCCCCCCCACGCGCUGCGCCUGCCCCCGGAGCCGAUCACGCGCUGGGGCAGCUUCUGGUGCGAUGUCACGGUGAACGGGCUGGACACGGUGCGGGUGCCCAUGGACGUGGUGCAGUUCCUGCACCCCAAAACCAAACGCUUCCGGCACUGGCGGCAGCAGCAGCAGCAGCAGCUGGAGAACAGCCGGGAGCGCCUCCUCUGACCCCCCCCGGGAAUUUGGGGUCCCCCCCGAGGGAUUUGGGGUCCUCAGAAUGGAUUUGGGGUCCCCAGGAUGGAUUUGGGGUUCCCCGGGAUGGAUUUUGGGGGUCCCCGGGAUGGAUUUGGGGUCCCUGGAAUGGAUUUGGGGUCCCCAGGAUGGAUUUGGGGGUCCCCACAAUGGAUUUGGGGUCCCCAGAAUGGAUUUGGGGUCCUGGGAUGGAUUUUGGGAGUCCCAUCUGUGGGGUCUGGAGCAGGAAUCCCCCCAGAAAAGGGGGACCAGGAAUUUUGGGGGGGUCCCAGGAGAUUUUUUGGGGUGUCUCGGGAGUUUUGGGAGCUGCAGGAUUUGGGGGAAAAAAGAAAAAAAAAAGGAAAAAAGGGAAUUUUGGGAUCCGAA